GACGAAAAUGCCAUACCUGUGGCUUGCGCGGAAACAGUGAAAUAUUUAUAUAUUCUCAAUUGCUGGUGAGGGGAUGGACAGACAUAACCAUGGCCAGCAACCUCCCACUAGUCACAGAUGGAACCAUCAGCAGCAGGGCAGCAGCCAUGGGUCAAGUCAGCAUCCUGAACCUCCUCUCAAGCGCAAUUACAAGCUCAUGGCUGAUCCUCUUCUUGGCACUGGCAACACAAAAACAUACAGAUUUGAGGGAGUUGUGGAAGGCCAGAGUAUGUUUCCUGUGCUGCCUGUACGAGAUCCUCGCAAGCCCCGGCUCUGGAUCUCCUCCGAGACUAUGGAUUUACCUAUUCCUCGUUUCCAGAUUGACAGCAACUACGUGUGUGAUCCUCCGCCCCUGGAAGUUACCAUCUUCAAUGUCAACGAUAACAUUGAUAAGCAAUUCCUCUACAACGAAAUUGUAUGCAAGCACCAAUGUGGACCUGUGGAGGAGCUCAGCAUUUAUUCGCACGAGUUUCUUCACAAGCACCUCGGGGUGGCGCGCCUGCUCUUCCAGGACGCCGAUGCUGCACAGAACUGCGUCGCUAAAUUUAAUGAUGCUACACUCAUGGGGCGCAAACUUCACGUCUUCUUGGACCCUUUUGGGAAGAAAUGCAAGGCUCGUGUGGCAGAGCUGAGCAGCGCUCUGGAAGAGGAGGCCAAGAAGGAAGAAGAGGCUAAGGAGGCGCGUAAAAGACCUCCCCCUCCUCCUUCCAAGCUCAACACCCCCGCCCUCACAACUUCUCACAUCAAGGAAAGUUCCUCUGAGGACGUGGUGAAGCAUCUCAGAGACGGCAGUGUGGACUCCAGCAGAAGACAUAAUAAAGAUGAAGCGAAUCACUCACUGCAGCAACCGCUCCAUCCCUCUCACCCUCACACCAUCCAGAACUUUGCGCCUCCCAUUUCUGCCUACCCACCACCUUCUGCAACUCAUCCCUUCUCUCCACACUUCAUACCCCAUGCCCUUCCCCCAAGAAUUCCUCCAGCUCCUCCUCCCAGAAUCCCCCCUGCAGAGCCCCCCAUGCCCCACCACUUCCCAGACUACCCUCCGUAUCACGACUACCGGCCGCCGUACACUCCAUUGGAUGGAUCCAAGGCACCUUGGGGUGGCUAUCCUCACCAAGAUUCUGCCAAGGACCAUUAUCCUCCACAUAAAGAUCAGUAUACCUCCAAAGAACCUCACCCAGCUCAUAAAGAUCACUAUCUUUUACCUAAAGACCAUUAUCCUCCUCCCAAAGAUUAUCCACCGUCCAAGGAUCAUUAUCCGCCGUCUAAAGACGUUUGUCCAAAAGACCAUUAUCCUCCUCAUCCUUGGGAGGCGAGAUUCCGAGAUUUCCAAGACCAAGAACGGACCACUCGUCUCAACGGCACCGUUUCCCACCUCAACUAUAAUCAAUCACACAAUCAUGAUCCUAGAAAAGACAGGAAUGACCCUAUAGACGACUUUAGUGUUAGUAGUAAACAUGUAAGAAAUAGUCACAAAACUAACGGAGUAAAAGUAAAAUCGCCAAGUGAAGUUUCUCGACUUCCCGCUAAAUCUUACACUAACAAUGAUAAUAAAGCAUCUAGUGUAGCUGCAGGGCUCAGAAAUGAUAUCGUGGAUGGCAUAAGCGGCGCCGAGCGAGUGUCGGACGAAGAAUCUGAAGAUUUGGAAGACGAAAGAGCGCAGGAGGAGGAAGAAGAUCAUAUUGACUUGGACACGAGAAUUGCAAUGUUAUUACAGAGUAAAGAUGGUGGCAUGGCUGCGUCCUUCCUAGGACUUGGUUUAGAAGAAGCUGCUGACGAUCAGAAGAAAGAAGAAGAGGAACCCUCUACCGCACCUGCUGAUGACACAGUGAAGUCAGUAGAUGCCGAAAUUGUAGUUCCUAAGGAAACUAACGAUGGUGCUUCCCAAGCCAAAACAGUUGAUGAACAGAAAAAGUCUUCAAAAGCAAGUUCGGUUGCUGGAGUCAGUGACUGGGAGUCUCCGAGUGAAGACAGUGCCAGCAACGAUGCCAUUAAGAGCGAUGCUAGUGACGCUGAUGAGAAGCCUUUGUCCGCUCCUCCGUCCCCGUUCAUCUCAAGUGAACAAUACCUCCUCUGGUUUGAGAAAAGUCGUCAGCUCAAGAGAGAAGCACGAGAAAAGGAUAGAGAAGAGAACAGAGAACGGCUGAAGAAAAUGCGUGAGAAGAAAGCUGAGCGACGACGCAGAAAGAAAGAGAGCGAGGAAGCUAAGGAGAGAGCAGCUAGAAUAGAAGAAGCGGCCACUCAAGAUGAUCGUAUGAGCAUGUCGAGUGUGAGCUCCGAAGAGGGCGAGACAUCCGAAGCCACUCCAUUCCACCCACCUCCACCUACUCAACAACACCCACCUGCUCCUCCGUUGCCUCCCCCUCUUUCUCUGCCACCUCUUCCCCCACAUCCCGACCAGCAUCACCCCGCCAUGGGGUACACACCAGGACCUAUUCCUCACCCUCCACCCCCCUACUCGUACCCAUGUCCCCCUCACGACAUGCAUCACCUCCCCCCGCACUUGUCCUACGGCGGUUACGGGCCUGAGCACCAGCAGCAAGCUUAUUCUUAUUACGGGGACCCGUACAGUGAACACCCGCAGCCUCAGCAGCUGCAGCAGAAGGUGCCUGCCAGACACUCUGCUGCCUACCACCAGCCCACGCUUAACGGCGUGCUGGCUGUGGUCAUUGAAGAGCUCAUGCGGAUCCUCAAAAAAGAUUUCAUGAAGAGAAUGAUCGAGAUGACGGCCUUCAAGACCUACGAGGCCUGGUGGGACACCAACCAGUCCUCGCACAAACGUGACCAGGACCAGCAGCCGGCUGGGGGCGUGAGGGGGGAGCGUAGCGCCCCCGGGGUGUCGACGCUGGCGUCGCUCUUCGACAAGGAGGGCGCGGGGGCCUUCGGGGGGGUGGACCCGCUGGGCAUCCGGGGACUUGGCUUUAGGGCUGCCAUGCCCAAAAUGCCCUCCUUCAGGAAAAUUCGUAAAAUGAAGCCACCGUCGCCCCCGCGAGCUGACGAGGACAGCCGCGAGGCUCCGUCUGAUGACGAGGCCAACAUGUCCGCUGGCUCGUCUGCCCCAACAUCAACCAUGGCCAAGAAAGCGAGCGGCAAAGCAAGACUGGAGUCGACGUCAUCAUCUGACGCUGACGCCAGCGCGUCCGAGGCUGACGACGACGGCAAGAAGAGCGGCGCUGACAAGCCCAAACGUCAGCACAAGAGCCGCAGGAAGUGGGCUGACACCGUCCUCACAUCCUCGGAUGAAUCAGACGCGAAGUCUUCAGACAACGAAGAAGCCGCUCACGAAAGAGCAGAGCAGGAAGACGUCAAGUCCAAGUCUUCAGCAUCUAGUGACGACGAGGCAGCUCCCGACGAGGAUGACGAGUCAUCAUCUGAAGAAUCUUCCUCCUCAGUAUCAUCGUCAGAAGCUGCCACGUCAUCAGAAUCUUCAGAUGACGAAGAGCUUCAGUCGACUGAAAUUGAGACGCUUGUUGGGGAUGAAAGCGAGGCAGCAAAGGUGGCGGAGGCCGAGAUCCGCUCGUCGUUGUUGCGGCGGAGCGCCACGCCUCAGACGGAGGAACGAGCGGCGACGCCCCUGCCUCCCGCAUCCGUGCACUCCGACGAUGCGUUCGGUGACCAUUCCGACAACGACGUGCCCGAUGAACCCAUGGACCAGGACCUCAUCGUCGUGGACGACGACUCGACUCCUGCCACGGCAGGGGCUAAAUUGUUAUCUUCUCCUAGCGCAGCUUCUUCCGAGGUCAAAGGCGAGGAAAGCGCGGCAGCCUCAGACAAAGCUGCUCAGGAAGACAAGUCCCUAAUCACAGAUAUUUUUGACCUCCGACACCCUGUGCUGAGUGAACACAGCUAUUGCUCCCUCAAGAUUCCGGAUGUUACAUGUCUCACGCCGCCAGAUGAAGACAAGGAAGAUGUCAGGUUGGAGAAAGUAAAAGAGAAAGCGGCCCCUGUUGUGGUUUUGGAGCGAGAAAAACUAGAGGCUGUGUUGCCACCAAAAGAAAAACCACCUGUACAGCCUGUGGGCUUCCGUCAGCGGUCGGACAUGGAGGAGUACAACAUUAUGGUUGACUUCCUCAAUCAUGGUGUUGAUCAAGAAGACAUAGAAAUGCUGAAGAGUUGCUAUGAACGACUCCUGGUAGCAGACAAUCAUCCUUGGUUGAACGACACUCAUUGGGUCGAUCACCCGCCCACCCGCAGCACCUUUCCCUCCAUUACCGCGUCCCCUGUCAGGAAGAAAAGAAAACAAUCACAGCUCCAGCAGCAGCCCGAAGAACUGCCUGAACACAAGACAGGCUCGGCCAGAACUGAAGGCAUUUAUAAGGUCGACUCCAAACAGAAGCAACAACACAAGUUCACUUUCCACAAGGAGCUGGCUAGCACGAAGCCUGCAGUGGCCGUGCAGAGCCUGGCGGAGCGCGAGAGCAGCAAGGUGAAGGCGACGCAGACGUCAGUGAGCAGAGAGGUGCGCUCCUUCCAACGUCGCCUCCUCACCGCCUUCGGCAACGAAGCCACUGAGUCCGAGCUCCUCAAGUUUAAUCAACUCAAAUUCCGGAAAAAGCAGCUUAAGUUCGGCAAGUCGCGCAUCCACGACUGGGGCUUAUUUGCGAUGGAGCCCAUCGCUGCGGACGAGAUGGUCAUCGAGUACGUGGGCCAGACCAUCCGGUCCAUCAUGGCCGACCUCAGGGAAGUUAACUACGAGAAAAUGGGCAUCGGGUCCUCGUAUCUCUUCAGGAUUGACGUGGAAAAUAUCAUCGAUGCCACCAAGUGUGGAAAUCUUGCUAGGUUCAUCAACCAUUCCUGCAAUCCUAACUGCUAUGCAAAGAUCGUCAACUUGGAGAACCGCAAGAAAAUUGUGAUUUAUUCGAAGCAGCCAAUCCAGUGCGGGGAGGAGAUCACCUACGACUACAAAUUCCCCAUCGAAGACGAGAAAAUCGUUUGUUUGUGUGGCGCUCCUCAAUGCAAGGGAACUCUCAACUAAAGUUCUCUUGUUCACUUUUGUCCACUCAUGUUGAGAGCUGAAGUGCUCUCGCUUCUCUCCCGUGGCUUAUGACAGCCCAAUCGCUCUCAGUUCUCGCCCGUGGCUUAUGAGAACCUAAUCGCUCUCUCGUCCCGCCCGUUACUGGUUCCCCUCAUUCUGGCAUUAUCACUUCAUCGUGGCCAUCGUUUGACCUGCAUCAGGUGUCGAGGAUCUGUUUUGUAUUGCGUCUGAUUAACCUCACUGCAGUUUGUUUUGUGCGUGCUCUGUCAAACGCUUGAGCCAGAGCCUUAGUUUGUUGUUUAACUUCUUCAACUUGACGAAUAUAGAAAUUAGUCUGAUACCUGCUCAAUGCAAAAUGAUUACAAUGUUUUCUUUGCCUCUAUGAAGGUUUUACACGUUAGCGCCGCAUCUUGUAGCUUAUAUGCUACUCAUACAAAAUUGCAUGCCCUUUCUCAAGAUAAUUAUUCUGGUUUGUUAUCGUUUGCACGUUGAUGCUCUUAAACGUUUCAAUUAAAACCUAAUCAAUCACUAGAGAGGAUUGAUGCAAACGAGUUAUACUUGCCCUGUGAAUGGUCAUUUAUAGCUAAUCAUGCCUUGCUUUGCUUAUUUGUAAACGCGCUUUUUUGUUACUUAGAGCUGUUCAAUCCCAGAUCGUUUCUCACUUUAAUGAGCGAGGGGAGGCCCUGCAGGAUUUUACUUGUUGUAGUAACUGCAACGAUUCAUAUUGAUGUGUUGUGAUCCUCAAGUACAAAUUUCCUUAUUCCUCUUGAGCUUUUUCUAUGCUCUUUAUUACUGCCAGAACAGAUGAAGUCGUGUGAUCGCACCCUCAGUAUUGUAGUCGAUUCAAGAUGUGAGUCUUGCGCUAGCAUGCAAUCUUCUUUUUUAUUGUCUGGAAACGAAAAUUUCACGAAGCUAUGUUAUCUUGUUGGAAUAGUACUAGUCUGACAUUCUGAGACCAUGUACAACUGGAACAGUUUCUAUGUCAAGAAACAAAUUUAAACUUGCGAUUGUUUCUACAAGAAAAGCCCCAGAUGAACGGUGGAUACACCGGACGGUCGUGGUCUUACGUGGUCUCAUCCGUCCUCUCAGAUUCACCCGUCGUUAACUUUCUUAUCAAUCCGAAUUUUCUCCCCUAGUACAUCAUAUUGAAGUAUUUUAUCCUCACCCUACCGCCAUCUGCGUUCAAAUAAUCUGAGAGUUGUCAUGCAUUACAUUGACAUCAUUUGGCAGAUUUGACAUUAUGCUCUCACUUAUCUUAACAUCUCGAAGAGUCUAUUUCUCAUGAUUUCUCUGUUGAUGUAAUUGUUAUACAGUGUAUGGUUACUCUCAACGAUAAUUACGAAAGUUGAAUAAGUCUAUGUAGUAGAACAUGUUUGUUCUCUCUUCGUCCUCAUAAUGAUAUUCUUCUGUUAACUUUACGAGUCGUGAACAGCGAUGGCAGUUAAGACCGCGCGUUAAUUCACUGACAUGAUCGUGGCACAACGCGCCCACCUGCUCCUCAAUUAGCUAAUUUUUAUUUGUUAUUAUUUUAUUUAGCUAACUAGACCAUAGAAUUUUAUGUUUUUCUAUUCCUUUCAUUUCGUCACACGUAGGACACUAUCCUUCAUCCGUCCCAUGUUUACGGAUGGGCGGCGGAACACAAGUAUUCUGUACAUCUAUUGUAAUGCUGCACUCAUGGAGCACGUAUUUCUUCAAAGAGCUCUACUACGUGGUGCGUGUAGUACUGCGGUACAGUGUAGUACAGUGAAGUGUACUUCGAACUGUGGUACGGUACAGUGGUUGUGCAGUGCGACUACUACUGCUCACUAGCUGCACACAAGAGCCUGUAUUACUUUCAACUGCGUAUCACAAAGUUCAUGCAAUUGUUUUAACAGCAAAAUACGAGUAUAAAAAUAGAAUUUAGUCGUUAUUGUUUAUAAUUGAAUAUUAGCCUCACUUGCACUAUUUAUUGUAGCUCGUCUUCUUAUCGACUCCCAUUGAUGCCAGACUAUAUUUUGUUAUGAAGGUAAAUUCAUUUUUUAUUUUGAUAUAGUCUCCUUUAAAUGUAACUCUUGGCCCUACAGAAAUUCCCGCGUUUUAACUCCUGCACACAACAGAAGUAAAUGUUUUUAGGGCUUAUCGUAUUACCAGACAUAAAAUUCAAAGAUCGGACCCGACGUUUGUUUUUUUUUUCCACUCUGGACUGUUGUUUAUGUCACUGAUCCGUACCUCGAUGUUAUUGAGGCGCAAAUGUAACCAUUGUAUAUAUUUUUCACUAGUACAAUAUUUGCUAUGAAAUGUCUGUCUGGUGUUUGAUAUGUACAUAUUAGUGUGUGAUGUACAUUUGUGUAUUUUAGCCUUUGCCAACUUCGAGCCAAUUGCUGCGCCGAUAAGUUGGGCAUUCCGUGCUUAUGUUAACUGCAAAUUUACUUUUAAAAAUAAAUGGCAUUAAUUUA